GGGGCACUGACUAGUUUCCCGGCGACCGGGCUGUGCCUGUGGCUUUUCCCACAAUUUGUAGUUCUCUUCCUGACCCGUGGGUGCUGGCCAUGCCGUCUCUGCUGUCAACUCCCAAGCUGGUUCCCGUGGUAGCAAGGCUCUGCGGCCUCUCAGGAUGCAUGUCAUGUUUACAGCGAAGGUACUCCCUCCAGCCUGUGCCCGUAAAGAAGAUUCCAAACCGGUACUUAGGCCAGCCCAGCCCGGUUACACAUCCCCACCUCCUCAGACCAGUGAGUGACACCAGCGUCUCUCAGUGAGGGCUUCCUUUGGCUGAUUCUUCAUCAGACUGGAAUUCCUGCUGACACUCAGGAAAUGCAGCUCACCACUGACACACACGAGAAAUCAGAGUUUUUCAAAGCUGUAAGGGGAGGUGACACCAGGGCUAUCUCAGGUGGAAUAUGCACUUCGAAGACAUAAACUUAUGGCUCUGGUCCACAAAGAAGCACAAGGUCACAGUGGAGCAGACCACACAGUGGUUGUACUCUCUAACCCUACAUACUAUAUGAGCAACGACAUCCCCUACACAUUCCAUCAAGACAACAACUUCCUAUAUCUCUGUGGAUUCCAGGAGCCUGAUAGCAUCCUGGUCCUUCAGAGCUUCUCUGGGAAGCAGUUACCAUCCCACAAGGCCAUGCUUUUUGUGCCUCGGAGAGAUCCUGGUCGGGAAUUGUGGGAUGGCCCUCGAUCUGGCACAGAUGGAGCAGUAGCCUUAACUGGAGUGGAUGAAGCUUACCCGCUGGAAGAAUUUCAACACCUGCUACCAAAACUGAGAGCUGAGACGAACAUGGUUUGGUAUGACUGGAUGAAGCCUUCUCACGCACAACUUCACUCUGACUACAUGCAGCCUCUAACUGAAGCCAAAGCCAGGAGCAAGAACAAGGUUCAGGGUGUGCAGCAGCUGAUACAGCGCCUAAGGCUGGUUAAGUCUCCUGCAGAAAUUAAGAGAAUGCAGAUUGCUGGAAAGCUGACAUCAGAGGCUUUCAUAGAGACCAUGUUUGCCAGUAAAGCUCCAGUAGACGAAGCCUUUCUUUAUGCGAAGUUUGAAUUUGAGUGCCGUGCCCGAGGUGCCAACAUCUUAGCCUACCCUCCUGUGGUUGCAGGCGGUAAUCGCUCCAACACUUUACACUACGUGAAGAAUAAUCAGCUCAUCAAGGAUGGUGAAAUGGUGCUUCUUGAUGGAGGCUGUGAAUCGUCCUGCUAUGUGAGUGAUAUCACCAGGACAUGGCCUGUCAAUGGCAGAUUCACUACACCUCAGGCAGAGCUCUAUGAAGCUGUUCUGGAAAUCCAAAGAGCUUGUUUGACACUCUGUUCCCCUGGCACAAGCUUGGAGAAUAUCUACGGCAUGAUGCUGACACUAAUGGGACAGAAGCUCAAGGACCUGGGGAUCACCAAGACCAGCAAGGAAAGCACCUUCAAGGCUGCUCGAAAGUACUGCCCUCAUCAUGUUGGCCAUUACCUCGGGAUGGAUGUCCAUGACACUCCAGACAUGCCUCGAUCACUCCCUCUGGAGCCUGGUAUGGUGAUCACAGUUGAACCAGGCAUUUAUAUUCCAGAGGAUGACAGAGAUGCCCCAGAGAAGUUUCGAGGUCUCGGAGUUCGGAUUGAGGAUGAUGUAGUGGUGACUCAGGACUCACCCCUUAUCCUUUCUGCAGAUUGUCCCAAAGAGAUGAAUGACAUUGAACAGAUCUGCAGCAGGACUUCUUGACUACCACUGUGGCACACAUGAAGCCCAGGUCCAAGACUGGCAUCCCUGCCUAUGCAAGUAGUCAGUGUCUCCUUGGGGACUAGAUACAGCUUCCAUGGGAACUACACAGCCAAGUGAGCGAGGACAUUUUCAUGUUAAAUAGAUGUAAAUCUGGAAACAUGGACUCUGGAAUAAUCUGUUACUAGGACUUUAGUGACAUUAGUUCUGAGAAAUUAAUGAUCUGGAAAGUUUAACAUGUGAAUGUAAAGUAAGGGCUUGAUUCUGUGUACCCCUGCAUUCCAGUUAACACAUUUCAACAGAAAACUCUCCCCAUCCCUUUCUGUACUUCUGAGAUCCACUCAACAUCCUAAGAUGCUUGUAUGAGGCCCGCAUGUUUAACUUCUCAACAAAGUUCUGGCCUAUGCUAACGGCUACCUGUUAGUGUUUGAGGUGGCAAAAACUCCAUGGCCUCGGCCUCCUAGUGCAGGUUCUCCACACCCACUGGGAUCCCUCAGGCCUCAGGGGACACAGGUGUCCUGCUGUGUUGUCAUUCAGCCAAAAUACAGCCACACAGCCAGCCAACAACUGUCUUGGAUCUUUCUUGCCAUUUGAUUGCACAGGACAUGGAAAGUGUUCUUCUAGGGAAGAAAAUGAACGAGAAAGAAAAGAAUCUAUGUGUCUCCACAGAUCCAGACCUUGAGCUCUGUUUUCUUCAAUUUAAAGGAAAUUUUUUUUUCAAAUGUCCACCUUCCUCUCUUUCAUAGGUUCUUUUCUUAGACACAAUUGUCACUAUGCGCCUCGGGUCCUUCAUAGGUUGCUGUGCUUUGUGACAGGAUCUUCUGUAGCCCAGGCUGGCCUCAAACUCAAUAUACAUCUUCCUGCACUGUGCCCAGCUCACCUUUAUAGGUUUUGUGUGUGUGUGUGUGUGUGUGUGUGUGUGUGUGUGUGUGUGUGUUUGUUUGUUUUUUAACAAGGUUUCUCUGUGUAGCUCUGGCUGUCCUGGAACUCAAUCUGUUGACCAGAUUCGAUUCAAACUCAGAUCCUCUUCCUUCUCCCUCCCUAAAUGUUGGGAUUAAAAGCAUUAUCUACCACCACUCAGUUCUUUAUAGGUUCCUAAUUAAUUGAUCCAGGUAGCUACUUGCAACCAUGUAUUGUCAAAAUCAAUGUAAUGCCUCUUCUCCUCCUCCUCUUCUCCCCCACCUCCCAUGGUGACUCUCUUAGCCUCAAUCCUCAGGGCCAGUGAAAUUGCCUGACAGCUUCCCAGUAAGCCUCCCUUUAAUUUAAAAAAAAAAAGCAUGAUGAACUCAGUAUGGAUAUAGUAGCUAGUGCCUGUAAUUCAGCAUUCUGAAUACAGUGUCAGCAAUAUGAUCAUAAGGUCAAGACCCAGACCAGCCUGGUGUACAUAACAAGUCACAAGCCACCCAUAGCUAUAUGAUGACCCUAUCUAAAAAUUAAAACAAAAAGUACUACAAUCUUGUAUUAGCUACCUGUACUACCAAUAAAAUAUGUGGAAUGCACUCAGUAGUGGUCCACCUCUUACUCUAAUGCUAGGGAUGGCAUGGCGAGGCAAUGGCAGAGUCAUGUUUCUUUCCCUAAACACAGUGUCAGGCUCAGUUAUACAACCCAGAUUGCAAGGUGAGCAAGUCAGGGCCCAAGUAAUGCAAAUGGUUGAUUCAAAAGAUUUCGUGAGCCAGGCGGUGGUGGCGCACGGCUUUAGUCCCAGCACUUGGGAGGCAGAGGCAGGUGGAUUUCUUAGUUCAAGGCCAGCCUGGUCUACAGAGUGAGUUCCAGGACAACCAGGACUACACAGACAAAUCCUGUCUCAAAAAAAAAAGAAAAAAAAAAAAGAAAAAGAAAUUUAAGUGGAUGCCAAGCUAAUGGUGUCAUAAAGAACCCUGUACAAAAGAGGAUUAACUGUGUAGCUAAUGUUUUUAUUCUUAAUUUCCUGAAGUGGCAUCUAGUACCCCCCCCCCCAAAUUGAGCAGAUUUUGAAAGUUUUAAACCUUGGCAGAUCUUCUUGAAACUGAAGUGUUUUCAGGUGUUCCUAGUGGUGAAAAGGUGAUGGUGUCAUCAUAUCUAUUCGCAGCACUGCAGCAGAAUUCACAUGGAAAUGGGCCACCAAAGAGCUUUGACUAUCAGUAUUGUAUGGGUCUGGAGUCACCCCUGGACUUCAGGCCCCACAGGGCAUGCGCCCACCAGAACCCAGAAACUACAAUCUUGGUUGACAUUUCUUAACACUUUGUAUGACCUUUGUGCAAUUAUAUAAGUUCUGUUUGGACAAAAUGCUGUUACUUUUUAAGGCCCCAUUCAAUGAAAAUAGAUAUCUCAUUCCCAAAGAAGGAGAAUGCAUUUGUUACUGUCAUUUUUAAAAUAUAAAGCAAUACAGA